AUGAUAGAAACUCAGCGAAAUGAGGCGCCAGAAAUCACAGAAGAAGAACCAAUUAACAUACUCGACGAGAUAUCGUUUUGGCUGGAAGAGAAAGCGAUAUUCAUGUUGUAUCUACCGGAAUAUAUUAAUGAAACCCAAAUUCGUCGAAUGGCAUUUCAUAACGUGAUUGUUGUCAUUCUGAGUUUUGCAGCAUUUAUUCUGAGUCUUCUUGUUUUGUCUCAAGAUAUUGAAGAUUCAACAAAAUACAAUUCUGUUCAAAUAUAUUGA